UGUUGUUAAGUAAACGAACCUGUCGUUAUGUACACAUAUACAAAAUGUACGUUUUAACACACCUAUGACACUUUACUUUUGUGACUGUGCCGGUUGUAUCCUGUUGAAAAAAUGGCCGAACUUGAUUUGGAAAACCGAGAUCCUAACAACAUCAACGACCAUCUGAAGGUCCAGUUUGAGGAUGUCUUGGCUGAGCCCGAAGGUGCACACAGCAUUGACUGCUGCUGGAAGUUUACCAACACUUGCUUCAACUGCUCCUUCAAAUGCUGCUACAUGUUGAUGACCCUGUGUGGACCUCUCUACGGCCUCUACUACGGCUGCAGUUACGCCAUGCUUGCCUGUUCUCACAUUUGGCAGUACACACCACAGAUCAAAGCAUGUGAGAUCAACUGCAUCAUGAUGCGGAAAAUAUACACCAUCUGCCUCAACUGCUGCCUGACGCCAUGCUGCGAGUCCUGCGGUGCCGUCUUCAGCAGGAUACAAGUCAAACAAUAAAAAAGACACAAUCUGGAAGUAUCCUGGUGUUCUUACACCAAGUAAAACCUCAGCGUAAGACUGAUCUGGAUGACUCAAGCACACACUGACACAAUCUUGACUGACACAAUCUUGGCCUCCCAGGCGCGCUUGUACUAUAUAAAGCAUUAACGUAAAAAUGAUAUGGGGGAACCUAAUACACAUUUUACAUGUCGUCUAUACGCGAAAUGUGUAAGAUGCUGAAAUGUUCUGGCGCCCAUUUCAACCUACAUAUGUUACAUAAAGUAGGAAGACAAAUACAUCCGCUCAGUUGUCCAACCAAAGAGGGGAAACUCUGUCAUUAUAUUUCAACUGUUAUAAUGAAAAGACACCGCCGCGUCCUUAUAAUUACAAGAAUUUGACGUAAACAAAAUGUGUGUUAAAUUGAACAAAUUCAUAUAACCACAAUCCUCUGAUCAAUAAAACGCCCUUCAUAUGCUUGUUA